AUGGAUGUGAUCAACUCUACCAAUUAUCUGAUCAAUGCCUCUACUUUAAUAAGAAAUAGCACUCACUUUCUGUCUCCUGCCUCAAAAAUGAUCAUUGCCCUUCUUUUGCUCAUAUCAUCUAUAACUGGUACCAUCAUCAAUGGACUCUACCUAUGGGUGCUAAAGUUCAAGAUGAAAAGGACUGUUAAUACCCUCCUAUUCUUUCAUCUCAUUGUCUCAUAUUUUAUUUUAACAUUGAUCCUGCCAUUUAUAGCCGCCUCCUAUCUUCAGGAUCACUGGAACUUUGGAACUGCCUUGUGCAAGGUUUUCAAUAGCACUUUGUCUGUGGGGAUGUUUGCCUCAGUUUUCUUCCUCUCUGCCAUCAGUCUUGAUCGAUAUCUUCUCACUCUUCAUCCAGCAUGGUCCCAGCAGCACCGAACCCCACGCUGGGCUUCCAGUAUUGUCCUGGGAGUCUGGAUCUCUGCCACUGCCCUUGGGGUACCCUAUUUGGUUUUCAGGGAAACACAUCAUGACCAUAAAGGAAUGGUGACCUGCCAAAAUAACUAUGCUGUGUCCACUAAUUGGGAAAACAAAGAGAUGCAAACAUUAAGGCAACAGAUUCAUAUAGCCUGUUACAUCAGCCGUUUCUUGCUGGGUUUCUUUCUGCCUUUCUUCAUCAUCAUCUUUUGUUACAAAAGAAUAGCCAGCAAGAUGAAAGAGAGGGGUCUGUUUAAAUCCAGGAAGCCCUUCAAAGUUAUGAUGACUGCCAUUGUCUCUUUCUUUGUGUGUUGGAUGCCCUACCAUGUAUACCAGGGCUUAAUUCUCACUAAGAACCAGUCGCUACUUUUAGAGUUGAGUCUGAUAAUGACGGUGGUGACAAUUUCUUUCAAUAAUAUCUUUUCUCCCACACUCUAUUUAUUUGUUGGGGAGAAUUACAAAAAGGUUUUCAAGAAAUCCAUUCUCACUCUGUUUAGGUCAACAUUCAAUGAUGAAUUUUCUUCAGAAAGAAUAUAA